UCUUAAUUCUCAAAAUUCGUCAGAAAACGUAAGAUGCUCAUAGAUGCACACUAAGAGGACAACAGUGCCAAAUUUUGCCCAAGCUGAAUUUCAAAAUAAAAUUUGUUUGCAGGAACUGAAUACUUUAGUCAGUAGGUAUACCAAGUUUGGUUAGGUUUAUUCAACAUUAAUCUAAUAAUUUUUUGCACAGAACACCAGACUUACUCCUUAAUUACGAUCACCAUAUACUUGGAUAAGUGUAUUAUUUUUAGUCCAGUCAUAAAUUCAAAAAGUUGAUAUACUAAUCGAUAUAAGAUACUUAGAAACAAAAAUCUAUUGACGUAAAUUUGAAAAUCUCAUUUGUUUUAAAAUAAGUAUUUUAUAAUAAUAAAACGUUUUUUACAAUGCAUUAAAUAUACUGGUAAUUUUACAGAUACCAGCUAUCGACAACGAUAAUGCCGUGGCAAUGGAAAAAACAAAUAAGUCUACUUUAAAUGAUUUAUUGAAAAAAAUGCAAGCACGAGUAAAGAGAAAGGCUUCUAAACCCCGCACAUUUUCUGGUAUAAGAUCAUCGUCGUUUUUUAGAUCUUCGUAUCGAAAAUAUCAAUUUAAUUCGGGCUACAAAUAUUCGAGGCUGGGAGAUUCUAAAGGUCAAAUGUAUGCGUACAAAUAUAACGGUCGUUAUUAUUACAGAAAUGGAGCUCACGGAAAUAUAAUAUUUUCAACAAGAAUACUUAAAGCAGGUUCCUAUCGAUACCUAACGAGAGACUCAGCAGAAACCUUAAAAUCUAAAUUGAAGAUAAUUGCUUUUAUCUCUGUAAUUGCAAUUAUACUCGAGAGUGCCGGACUGGUUUCUUACUUUAAAAGUGAUUAUAUCAAACUUAAUCGAGUGGAAAUACUGUAAUUAAUUUCGUUUGCA